AUGGCCAGAAACAAGAAUAUUGCGCAGAACAAGCGACGACAAUGGACUACUCAGUUUUAUUUAGACCACACUAGCCAGCCUGCAGCUCUGCUAGCCUACAAAGCAACCACACCGGAACCUGAGGCGAUACAUCCAGCCUUCGCAAUCCAGGUCUGUACGACUGUUGCCCUCGAUCAAGAAAAUGAUCUCAUCGCUAUAUGCCGAUACUUAUCCCGUAAGAUCUCCACAUCACCCUGGCCGUCAUUUGAGAUCUAUUGUGCCCCACAAAUUGAUGUAUUCGCCUGCGUGGAGCAUCAACGGCGUGAGAUCUUCCACCGCAAGGACAUCUCACCAUCUCGAGAUGAAGGUCUCUUCCCUGAAAUUGCCAAAGUCGCCCUCAGCAGAGAGGAUCCGGAACAUCAGGGAGUUAUAUUAGUUAUUAAUUCCUACAGUUUCCGCGGUUAUCGGCAUUAUGCGGGUUAUGAAGCCGAAACUGCUCGCGUUGACCUGCCUCCACCCAAGCCUGAUGACGACGAGGAAUGGGAGGACAAAAUUUGGCCAGAACGGGAGGAGCUUGUGGCCCGCAAUCAGCGUGAUGAUGUUAUUGAGGAUUAUGUGUACGAUUACAGCCUGGGAAAGGAUGAGGGCAAUCCUAACAGGUCAGUUGGACUACCUAGGCUGGAGGUUAUAGAGGCAUGGCAGCGCAGAACUGAUUUAUUGUCUGAGGAAAUUACUGUUGCCCAGUCAUGCUCCGACAAAGGGGCUAUUGUCCAGACAUCAGGCCCUGUGCUUAUUCUGGAGCCAGGCCUUAGCAAUGAAAAUCCCUUGACAUUGGAGAUGAUUGGGCGCGCUUUUACCGCCACAAUUCUGGAAAGCCUUCCUCAAAGAAAGAUAGUAAAUUUUGAAUUUCAUUCCGGCCCUAACCAGUCACUAGGCGACGACUCUGUCGUCUCAUCAAGACCCACUUCAGGACAAAGGGCCCGCAAGUUACCACAAAAAAGAUACAAUCGCGGCCAUCCAAUUCUUGACCGCCCAGAUUUCCUCACCGGGCCAGAAGUGUUGUUUUUCUUGACCAAUAAAGAUGAGAUUACCAAUGAGGCAAUGCAAAACGUCUACAACUUAUCUGGAGAACAUAACCAACCAAGUGAGUAUACAAUAUUUCAGGUUUGGCGCAGUGUGCGAAUCCAAGAGGUGGCGCGGAGACUCGCAAUGGUCCAUUAA